AAAACAAAAGACCGAUAAAUGCUUUUACUAUUACUAAUUGAAUUUUGACUAAUUAUAAAUGUAAUUUUUUUUUAUUUAUUAUAUUAUUAUUAUUAUAAUCUAUUGGAAGACGAGCGUCAAACUGCCCAAAUCCGAGAAACCAGCAAACACAAUUUGAGUAAGCACAAGGUUAGUCAACUUACUCCACCAGUCAAUGUCCCUUGCUCCCCAUCAACAGACGAGCUGGCCUCACCCGAGAGUGCUAACAUAAGCCUGUAUGAUGAUCUGUUCGACAAGAGCAUGGGGAGUAAUAGUGCCAGCGCGUGCAUCUGCAUACGUCGCGUCUGGCCGACUUGAAUGCAUUCGUGGACAUGUUUCAGUUCCCAAUCAACUGGGCACAGGAAUUAUCUGCAUGUUACUGCAAGAUGCACAUAAGAUGUUACCGCAAGAUGCACUUAAGAUGUUACUGCAAGAAAUCUGGAGGCUUAAACUAUUUUGGGAUGAACCUAUGUUUCCGUGUAUUGAUCAUAAUUGGAGGAUUAUUUGCAAAGAAUUAGGACAGUUGUGGUCCAUUCAAAUUUCUAGAAAAACGCUGUUACCUAAUUAUAUGACUGUUGAUUUACAUGCAUUUUUUGAUGCAUCACAGAAGGGCUACGGAGCAGUUGUUUACAUGCGAUCAUCAGAUGAAUUCAAUGUUUGGGUUAGACUACUAACAUCGAAGACUCGUGAAGCACCGUUAAAAUCUAUUUCAAUUUUAAGGAUGGAAUUAUGUGCAGUAGUGUUAUUAGUUCAUUUGCUGCAAGCAAUACAAGGUGCAUUUCAGAUUAAGAUUAAUUCCAUAUUUGCAUGGAGUGAUUCAACCAUAGUGCUCUCUUGGUUAAAGGCUGACCCUUCUAGGUUGCAAGUAUUCGUCGCCAACAGAGUAUCAGAGAUACAAUCUGUUUUGCAUGCGGAAAAUUGGAAUCCGCCUCGACGGACCAGAAAAUGUUGAUGUGUUGGAAAUGUUGGAAUAAAA